AUGUUGGUAAAUCGGGCAUUAGUCUUCGUGGCGUUGCACAAAUUUCACGUCGGGACCGCAUCGAUCACUCAUCCCGAUAAACGAAUAACGGAGAAUCGUAUUAGCGAGCUUGUAGUCCGGCUACUGCGUGAUCGUCGGAUGGAGAACGCUGGCAUCCUAAUGGAAUUUACCGAGAGCAAAGACUCGCCUCGAAAAACCCCUCCCCGGGAUAUAAACCUGCAUACAAUUGCUGAAUUGGCCAUCAUGUUCGGACGACAACUUCCCUCCAAGAACGAACAACUGCCGACCCCACGGAUCCAAUUGCUUCCAGACAAACACUCACCCCAUGAAUCCUGUUCGCAGUGUUGCCACGAAUCCCGAGCUAUUGAGGACUCUUGCCACACCAAAAACUACUCCAGAGCUUAA